AUGGGUCGAGCACUGAGCAGUCGACGGCAGAGAAUUCCGACAUAUAUAUACUUCCCGUUCGACUAUACAAGGACCCCUUCCUCCCUCCAAACAACAUUCUCGUAUUGUGCGACACUUACAAGCCCGAUUGGAGUCCCACUGGUCUGCUGUAUAUUUAACAGCCCAGACUGCAACCUUCGCUUUAAAUGCAAGGAAUCGGUCAGACAGGCGGACAAGUACGAACCCCUGUUUGGGAUAGAACAGGAAUACACUCUGUUCGACCUCGACGGCCGUCCCCUCCAGUGGCCACAAAACGGCUUUCCUGCCCCUCAGGGUCCAUACUACUGUGGAGUGGGGGCAGAUCGUGCAUUCGGGCGAGACAUAGUGGAGGCACACUACAGGGCCUGUCUAUAUGCAGGAGUAGAAAUCUGCGGAACCAACGCCGAAGUGAUGCCUUCCCAGUGGGAGUUCCAAAUCGGGGUCUGCAAGGGUCUCAAACUGGGCGAUGACUUGUGGAUGGCUCGCUAUAUUCUCAACCGUAUCUGCGAGGACUUUGGCGUGGUCGCCAGUUUUGACCCAAAGCCGCUGUCUGGGCCGUGGAAUGGAGCUGGGGCACAUAUUAACUUCAGUACCAAUCAGAUGAGAAACAAGAACGGGAUUGAGCACAUCUACAAGGCCGUCGACAAAUUGGCACAAACCCACCUCGCCCACAUGAAGGUGUAUGACGGAAAUGGAGGACUCGACAACUAUCGACGACUCGUUGGGGUCUGCGAGACUUGUGUCUAUGAUAAAUUCUCAUUCGGGGUCGCCAAUAGGAAGGCCUCCGUCAGAAUCCCCAUCAGUUCGGCGGAGAAUGGAUGUGGAUAUUUCGAGGACCGACGGCCGGCAGCCAACUGUGACCCCUACGCAGUCGUGGACGCACUACUCCACUCAAUAAUUCUGGAUUCUGCUGUGAAUAGUUCUUAAUGUGUCCUAAUUGUCUUUUCCUACUAAUAUAACCAAGUGUUAUUAAA